AUCUUCUAUACUACAAUAUCACAAGCAGAAAUUUCUUCGUAUUAUUUCGCGAAUCGUCGAGAAGAUCUCGUAAUUUCUAGAUAUCGAACAUUACAGUAAAUUCGAGACGUUGCCUUGCGCGUUGCUUCCACUCACUUCUAGCCGUUGCAGCCCCCUCUCCUGUGCUCUCUACGUAGUGGGAAUAUAAACCAGCGUACGCGACAACAAAACAGAUUUGAAAUUUUACCGCUGUCGGAAACGAACGUUGUCCACAAAGUGCGCGUUUAUACGGAAGUAGCAAAAGAGCUAAGCAUUGAAAUAUUCUCAAGGAUACGCUAUAACGUGUAUUUAUCGUCAAAUUUGUGGAGGAAUUGAGGUUAGCUGAAAAUGUCGCUCGUCCCAAUGCUGUUUUCCAACUGGUGGGAAGACCUGGAUCGUCCACACCGAAUUUUCGACCAACAUUUUGGCCACGGGCUCCACCCUGAAGACCUGGAGCGUUCGAUCUCUCCCAUGUCGGAUUUGUUGGUGGCCAGACCCCAUCAUCUUCAUCGUCGUAUUGCUCACCACCGACAUCCGUAUGACAGAAGUCUCGCCGUCGCUCGCAAAUCUGGUGGAGUUUCUACUGUCCACACUGAUAAAGAUAAAUUUCAAGUGACUCUCGAUGUCCAGCAGUUCCACCCCGAAGAAAUCAAAGUGAAGGUUGUCGGCAAGAAUGUGAUAAUCGAGGGAAAACACGAGGAAAAAGAAGACGAGCAUGGGUGGAUUUCUCGGCAGUUCACCAGGAAGUACCUGGUUCCUGAGCAGUGCGACAUCGAUCAACUUUCCUCUCAUCUGUCCUCCGAUGGUGUUUUAAUGAUCUCUGCACCACGAAAGCAGCUUGCUGACGAGGAGAAGAGGGAAAGAGUCAUCCAGAUUGAGCACACUGGCCAACCUGCAGUGAAGGACGCAUCCAGCAAGGCUGCUACUGAGACGAAGACUCCAGCACCUCAGCGAGCUUCUGACAAGACAGUCAAAGCUGCCUAGGCUUACAAUAAUCAUUUCUUCACGAUGCGAUGAUUUUGUUCAUUUUCAUUUUUGUAUUUCCAUUCGACGAAGUAUUUAUUAUGUUUAAUUUCUAAUUGAAGACCUCAUGGACGAUUUAAUCACUCCAUUUGUAGCUUGUAAGUUACUCAAUUACUCAAAAAGUACUCUUCUUUAGACUUUAAAAAAAACCUGUGGAUAAGGUACACGAAUCCUGAAAAUGUGAGUUUUUCUUCUUAGAUUGAAGAUAUUUUUUUUUAGUAAGAGUUCUCGGAUUAAUUAUGAAAUUACUUUUGUAAACGUAACUUUCAUAGCUUUGUAAGCAUCUACUGCUGACUAGUAGAUAUAUCGUUAAAUUGUUUUCGAAUUCAUUGUCGAUUGCAUUUUUGCAAACCGGUCAUUGUACAGGUUUUGCAUUUCCUCAGGGAAUCCGAACCAGGGGUUUAUAAGAUUAUUAAUUUAUAUUUAAAACUGAAUUUUUUUAAUUUAAUUUU